GCUGCAAAAGAAGUCAAAAGUGGCAAGUGUUUCCAGUAAUUGCAUUGUCUUGAAGUUUGUGCUGAAAUAACUGCAGGGAUGUGUGUAGCUUCGGUGGUUUUUCUCAGCGUCAUUGUGCUUCAGUCUGUGUCAGCUGGAGGUGUGUAUUGUGCUAAAACAGCAAGAGCCCGUGCAGCUGCCUUGGGUUUGGAUUUUCCUGGAGUCCAUGGAGCCCCUGAUCUCUAUGGCAGACAGACAGUCUAUGGACCAGCUCACCAUGGGAUGCACCCCAGCACCGUUCCAUUCAGACCUCAACUCUACUAUAACAGUGACCGUGUUAAGACUGAACCUAACACUGCACCUUACAGACAAAGUCUACUGGGAGUGAGAUCCCUAGAUGGCAGAAUACAUAAACAACUUCAUCCCCGGAGUUCUGAAUCCAGCUUCCGACUGAGCCAUGGCACUUACAAUCCAGUUCAGAGUGAAUACACCACUGACCAAGCGCUUAGCUUUCCCCGAGGACAGUCUGUUAUUAACCACCAGUCCAACUUUGAGGUCAAGCAUGUUGCCCCUCCAACUCUGUCUGAAGCCCCAGGCCAGCCUGACUCUGUGAAUUGGGAUCCUCAAGGUCGCAACAAGCUACACUCAUUUGCUUACAAUGAUCAUGACCUUGUUGUUGAUGAGUCUGUCCCAAAUGGACGUGGCAUGUCUCUGAGUAGGCUUUACCUGCCCCAAAGCCAGGUUCAUAGCACUUACCAGAGGGGUCUAGCUGGAUAUGGUCUGGGAAGAGAUGUUCCUGUCCUUGAUUUAUAUCUCUUCACCAACAAUGGCCAUGCCAGAGCGAUGACUAGCCAAGGAUCUGCUGUUGGGAAACUGACAAGCAAUAGGUUCCCUGCCCGUCUUGCUCAGCGCCUGCAUAGAAACCCCAAAGUCAAACAGUUUGUUCAAGGUAACUCUGCUUUUAGACGUCUGCCAGAACCAAAAUCAGGUCCGGUUAGAAUAAGUCUGAAUUAAAGGGUCUGA